UACACAAGAGCGUGUUAUCAAUUUAUACGUAGUUACUUUUGUUUUUUGUUAGUACAUAGGUAGAUACAUUAGUAAGAAUGUAGAUAAAUAUAAACUAUAAUAAAAAGCAAGACAGAAAAGACGAACACUUCAAUAUCGUAAAAGGCGUCUUGUUCUACAGGUUUGCAAAAUAAUUUUGGCUUCAGCACUUGAUUUGCCACUAAUACAAGAUAUCAAUAUGCUUCGUAUGACACGGCUGAUGAUGGCAGUUGUAGUUGGAAUGAUUUUCUUCAACAAUACGGCUUGUGCAUACAAACAAUGUCCACCAGAAGUGUUGAAAUCCCUUCCAUACAUUGUAGAUCAUGCGGUGUGGAGAAGUUGGAAUCAGGCCCUUAUCUUUACUCCUAAAAUUGAAACUGGUUGUCAAAGAGCGAUAUUGCAUUUGGUGAAAUGCUUGGCAAUCAAUGGAGUGGCUUCAGCAUUAAACGUGCGAACUAUUCCGCGUGUACAUAUUAAUAUUGGUGUAUUAAUCUUAUCACCGCAUAUGGUACAGAAUACUACAUCGGACUUAACUAAACUGAUAAAUCAGCUUAACGGUUGGAAAUUAAACCAUGCUUCAGCUGAUUGGUUAAUAUCAGUGAGAUCAGUAAUCGACUUUAAGGAAAUAAAUAACGUAUUAAAUGUAACAGAUUUGCGUUUCGAUCAAAAUAUUCUCGUUUCAUAUUAUUACAACACAGCUCGGAGUACUGGCAAGUUAAAUGUCUGUAAAGAUAAUUUUAUUUAUCACAAAUUUCCUCGUUCCAAAAAUGUUAACGACGCAAAUAGGAAAUAUAAUAAUACAUGUCUUAAUGAACACAACCAAACUUAUAAUUGCAUUUAUAAUGAGUUUGAGAAAAAUUAUUACCGAACUUCGAAAAGGUACUUUAAUAUUGCCAGAAAUAAGAUAUUAAAACGAAAUGGUACUGCAAUUCGACUAUUACAAUCCGGGAAUGUUGGCGUUGAUUAUACAAGAACUUUCAAAGUGUUAAAUGUAAGUGGAAUGUCAUUGCAAGGCUUUAUUAAGUUAUGGAGAGGAGCUCGUUAUCCAAAACAACAAGGGAUUCAUGUUUUACAAUUCUUCAAAAUUAGAUUGAAUUCUACUUUAUACGCUUCAUACUUAGGACAUUGGGAUGGACAACAAUCCAUGGCACUAAUGGAAAUGCCGUAUCCAGUGGAAGCUCGCAACUUUAUGGGUGAAACGCUCAUUGUUGGUCGACGUAAUUGUUCUGUCGAUGAUAAUUCAGCGCUGGACGAAGAGAAUGCCUCAGCGCCAGAACUGUUAAACGAUUUGCUUUUCUUUUUAACAGUUAAGAUGAACGGAACGUCAUUGACUCGAUAUUACAGUAAAUUGGGAUUCCGUACAUAUGAGGGGGUGUGGUCUGGCUUGCUUGGGGCGCUUCUUGACCGUUCUGUGGACAUUGCUUUAGAACCCGUUACCGAUCAACCCUCGCGUCAGCAAGAUAUGGACUUUAUUUUUCCAAUUGCUGAGACUAUGUACAACAUCUACAUUCGAAAUCAGGAGACCUCCUCUGUGCGAGAUAUAUUCCUGGCGCCAUUCAGUCCACGUCUCAUUAUAUGUGUUGUGGCAGUUGUAGUUAUAGCCGCUAUAGCCAUAGUACUUGUAUGUAAAUUAUCGAAUAAUAAUCCGAAGAAUAAAUCUCAUAAAAUGAGCUGUACCGAGGCGCUCAUUUGGUCAACGGGAAUUCUUUGUCAACAAGGUGGUACACGGACACCAUCGAACCCAGCGGCCAGUAUUUUGCUGAUCGUGUGUCUUUUCUUCGCGGUAGUGACGUAUAAUGCGUAUGCGGCGUUUAUUACAUCAGUUUUAUCUGUUCGCGUCGCAAAUGUCGGCACAGUCGCUGAUGUGUUGCAGUCACCUAAUAUGAAAAUUGGAUACAUACGAAACGGGGCAGAUCAAACAUAUUUGAUGUCUACGAAAGAUGUGCAACUGAAUGCGUUUUACAUACGUGGGUAUUCGGAAGCAGAGAACCUAGUAUCGUCAGCAGAAGAGGGUCUGGCGCGUGCUGCGAGCCAGGAUUACGCCUUCUUUGCGGAACAACGCUCUGCACGAUCUACUCUUACAUCGCUCAGUCAAGCCCGUGGUCGCUGCGCUUUACGCGAAUUACCAGUACAUUCCACACGAUCUCAACUGUCCUUCCCAUUGCCAAGGAGAUCACCGUAUUCAAAACCUAUACUUGUCAGCCUGCUUCAGUUACGUAGUAGUGGAACUCUCUCGAAACUGGCUGCUACGUUAGUUCCAGCUAUGCCAGAAUGUGCUCCUCCAUCUGGUUUCGCUUCAGCAAGAGCAGCUGACGUCAGGACGGCCUUUCUUGUUAUCAUUACUGGAUUAAUUGCUGCUCUUUUAGUCGGUAUUGGGGAAUAUUGUUGGAAGAAUCGGAAACAAAAUAGGAUAGCAUUAAACAAAUGUUAUUAUCGUUUCUGGAAUUUACUUUGGUAGGUGUUUUAAUUAUUGACUCUUGAAUGCAGGAUAUUAUAUCAAUAAAUGUACCGAUUAUUAUAAGGAGUGUCUAAGAUUGUUGAUGUGUUAAAGAUAAUGAAUAUUAACUUAAUUUAUAAAUAAAAAAACAUACGUAGACAACAAGUCUUUGUACUAGAUAUUAUAUUUAAACAAAGUUUCUAAAUAACAUAAUUUAAUUAAUCUAUUGUUCUAGUU